ACUUUUUUAUUUUUAUUUUGCUUAUUCUGUUGUUUUUGAAAUAUUAUUCUGCUUCUAUAGUUGUAUAUCUUGGGAGUUGUCAAUUCCCACUCGCAAAAUUGUAUAUCGUGUGAGUAGGAACUGAUAAGCUUUUUUUUUUUUUUUUUGUGGGGAUUUGGAAAACGCUGUGGAGAUUCUUGGUUGUAGGGAGACUCAUUGUGGUACAAGCUUAUAUUGAGAGUGUUUAGGAUCUCAACUUAAUUCUUUUAAUUUUUGGGACUUUCCCUUUAUAGGAUCCGUGGGAGGGUCCUCCAAUCCUUGGAUGAAAGACUUGUAGCUACUCUAUUCUUCAAACUAAAGCCAAUUGCGCAGUCCUUCUCUAGUUUAUUGAUCUGAGGUCUUUGUUGUGAGUUCGGCGUUCAAAUUUGGUUCAGAGUGCCUCCUGAGGAAAUGCUAAGUAACUUCCUUUUUUCUGGAAGGGUCGUACUUUGGCAGGGUAUUUUGUUCACUAGUGGAUAUUUGGCAGGAAAACUGUAAACAAUUCUUUGAAGCUUAAUUUCUCAGUGGGGCUAGGUUUGGAGUCUUGCACCAUCGAGUCUCCCCUUAUUACAACAGUAGAGUCUUAAUAGUUCUCCUGAGAUGUUUUCCCCCAUGUAUUCUUCAUAUUUACUGUUCUUUAUCCAACCAUUCAUUUAUCUUCAUGUUUGUGAAAAAAGGUUCAGGUGAAUUUGUCUUCAUACAAUGUUAUAGGUAUAUGAUUGGUUGCAAAGCAGACUGCAAGACCUCCCAAAAAUUGAAAAGAGGAUGUCUGAAAUUCCCAAAGCUUGCCCUUCAAAUAAGACUCAGGAAAGUUCUCAAGGCCCCGAAGUAUGCAUGGAGCAGGGGCAGGUUGAGGCAAUCCUUACAUCUGGCGAAAAGAGCCCUGAUUUGUCGGAAUUGGAAUUUGAAGCAAGGUCAUCAAAAGAUGGUGCAUGGUAUGAUGUUGCCAUGUUCCUUACACAUAGAUUUCUUAGUUCUGGCGAAGCUAGUACAUCGAUUUGUUGAACCCAGUGAACUCAUUGUUCACCAGGCAUUUCGUGUCAGAUUUGUCGGAUUUGGAGCUGAGGAAGAUGAAUGGGUCAACAUAAAACAGGCAGUACGAGAACGCUCUGUCCCUCUAGAGCAUUCAGAGUGUCAGAAGGUGAAGGCUGGGGACUUGGUACUCUGCUUCCAGGAGAGGAGAGAUCAGGCAAUCUACUACGAUGCUCAUAUUGUAGAAGUCCAGAGGAGAAUGCAUGAUAUUAGGGGCUGCAGGUGUCUUUUCUUGGUUCGUUAUGAUCAUGAUAGCACUGAGGAAAAAGUUCGAUUGAGAAGAUUAUGUCGCAGACCGACAUAUCAAAUCUAAUCUUUUGUCUUUGACAUCAAUUCGUCAACCUCUCUGGUGGUCAUUCCCCAUAUCUAAGCUGAAGACAUGAAUGGUUUGCCUCAGAAAGCUCGCAAUAGCUAAAGCUAGUUUUGUCUGUUUGAGGAAAUGUUGUGUAAAAUGUCAUAAUAGAAUGUGGUUUCAUGUUUUCAUCUUAUUGUUUCUGUGUCCGACGAAAAAACCUUGGGAACAAGAAUGGGACACGCACAUGUAAUAGUUGCAUAUUCUGUGUCUUUGCAAAUCGGGCAAAGACGAGUUCAAAGUUUAAUUAGCCUUCCAAA